AUUAUAGACUUGUGCAUGGAGAUUCCUGAUAUUAUCGCUUACAUCAGGUACAACAUCAACUGGAACUAUGGGUUACUUCCCCAGACAUGGGAGGACCCAACUGCUGCAAAUGCUGAUGUUGAAGGAGCACUUGGAGACAAUGAUCCUGUUGAUGUGGUUGAGAUUGGUGAAAGACGAGCUAACAUCGGGGAUGUUCUUAGGGUGAAACCAUUGGCAGCUUUGGCAAUGAUUGACGAGGGGGAGCUUGACUGGAAAAUUGUGGCCAUUUCUUUGGAUGAUCCCAAAGCAGCUCUUGUGAAUGAUGUGGAUGAUGUUGAGCAGCAUUUUCCAGGAACAUUGACUGCUAUCAGAGACUGGUUCAGAGACUACAAGAUACCAGAUGGUAAGCCUGCCAACAGAUUUGGCCUCGGCAACAAGCCCACAAGCAAGGCAUAUGCCCUGAAGGUCAUUGAAGAAACCAAUGAAUCAUGGGAGAAAUUGGUGAAGAGGAAGAUUCCUGCUGGAGAGCUCUCACUAGCCUAAGACCUAGGUCCAUGAGCAGCCAACAUAUCCAUUCUUUCAGCAUGCUGUUUUUAUGUGAUAUAUGCAUUGCUUCUUUCAUCUGGGAAAACUCUUUGCAAACCUGCUGCAUGUAACAGGAAUAAUCUGAUUUGAGUGAAUAAGGAAUUUCCGAGCAAGUUUUUCAGAAGGGAACCAAA